AUGACGAACGAGCAACUUCAAUCUUCCACUGUACUUCUUGUGUCGGACAACAACGACGAGAACCAUGAACUUGUUGGAUUAAAACUGAAACAUUUUCAAGAUGAACCAAGCGUCAAUAUUGUGAAUGGUAUAUUAGUGAAUGAUACAAAUGAUGAUCCUAAAGAUAAGAAACUUUUGCGUAAACUUGAUCUUUAUAUUAUACCUACUAUGACAUUACUUUAUUUACUCAGUUUUCUCGAUCGAGUGCUGCUGAAUCAGGCUUGUUUCCAGGAAUCAACUACUAUCUAUGAAGCUGGUAUAAAAGACGUGAAAUUUCGUGGCGUUGACUUUCCAUCGGAUCGACCAAAGUUUCUUACUGAAAGUGAAUGUAAUCGUGUCAUUGUUUGUUUACGUACUGAUGCUGGACCUGGUGCUGGCGAACAUUUUAGUUGGGCUCAAGUUGGUUCGACUUUUUUAGAUUGGAAAUUAUACGUUUGGUCAUUGUGUGGCAUCACUAUAACUAUACCAUUUCUUUCACUCGGUUUCUUCUCUCCAACUAUUAUUGCUAAUCUAGGUUUUGUCACUUAUCAAGCAUAA